AUUUGUUUUUACAUUGUUUAUAAUUCUCUGCAGUGAAUCACAGUGCUUGUGUAACUUACGGAUCUCGAAAAAUUAAAUUAAAUCAAAUUUUAUUCUUAUAAACAUAUUUAUGUAUAAAAACAUAAAAGAUGAAUUCAAGUGACAAUAUGGAGGAGAAUGGGUUAACAGCAAGGCUUUAUCAAAUUCAAUUAGAAGAAAUCGCAGUCAGAAAAAAUACAAUCAUACAUUUGCCAACUGGUUCUGGCAAAACUUUCAUCGCUAUAAGACUGAUAAAGAGAUUAAAAGAAACUUUCAAGAAACCAUGGGGUAAGGGCGGCAAGAGGUGUUUCUUUUUAGUGAACACAGUUCCAUUAGUGAAUCAACAGACAAAAAUGAUAAAACAGAUGUGCCCUGUGGAUAGUGUUGUUGGAUACAGUAGUGAAGAUAAUGUAGAUUAUUGGGAUAAAGAUAAGUGGGACAGUGAACUAGCAAAGUAUCAGGUAAUUGUUAUGACAAGUCAGAUCCUAAAUGAUAUGCUGACGCACAAAUAUAUAACUGUUGAAGACAUAAGUCUUAUAAUAUUUGAUGAAUGUCACCACGCCGUCGAUGACCAUCCCAUGAGAUCCAUCAUGAAACAUUUUGAGAAGGUUCCCAAAAAUAAUCAACCGAGAAUUUUGGGUUUAACAGCGACACUGCUUAAUAGCAAUGUUAAAUUGCACAAAGUAGAAGAAACUCUGCGCGACUUAGAGACAACAUUUCGAUCUACAAUCGCAACAGCUAACGAUAUGGGGGAAGUAGCCAUCCAUUCAACAAAUCCACACGAAUUAGUGCAGUUCUAUAAAACGUCUAUCCUUACAAAUGCUGCGCUCAAAGCAAUCAAUCUUCUCAAGGAACUCCAAGAUAUUGUAAUGGCAAUAAAUUUGCCAUUGGCAGUUAAAAAUCCUGUGGUGAAACUAAAAACUUGGCAAAAGGAUAUUUCCCAAGAUCCCAAAAAGAUAGUUAAGGCGGUAAAGAACAUGAUAGAAUCAAUGAUAUUGACCAUCAAAGAGAUGGGUGUGUAUGGCGGCGCUUUGGGUAUCCUCGCUUACAUCGUUGCCUUCGAACGGAGAAAGCGUUGGGCGUCCACAGAGGAAGAGGAACUUUUGUAUACUAUCGCUGUAACACAUUCUGUCGAUGCUAGAUUAGUCCUACUCGACUCCAUGGCGGAUGACACUGGUUAUAAGAAGAUAAUAAAACAUUCGUCUGAAAAGGUCAUACAACUUUUAAAUAUUUUAAGAGAGUACAGUCCAAAUAAUUACUCUCUGUCUGGUCAACUGAUGAAAGUAAAUCAAAAACGAAAUCAGCUAUCUGGACUAAUACUAACUCAACAGAGGUUCACGUCUAAAGUUCUUUACAAUCUUCUUAAGGAUGUAAAAGAAGCGAAUCCGUCUGAAUUUGGUUUUUUGAAACACGAUUACAUCGUCGGUUUUAAUAUAAAUCCUUUAACGAAUACAAGAGAACAACACUAUACCAAAAAGUUGAGCCAGCAAGCGCUUUUGAAAUUUAAAAACGGCGACUUAAAUUGCAUUAUAUCAACAAGUGUUCUGGAAGAAGGCGUUGAUGUCCCUCAAUGUUUGCUCGUUGUGAGAUACGACAUGCCUUUGGAAUAUAGAUCGUACAUACAAAGCAAAGGGCGAGCUAGAAGCAAAGAGUCUUCUUUUGUAAUAUUAGUCGAUGAAGCGAUAAAAACGAAAUUCCAGCAACAAUACUUGGAGUUUCAAAAGAUUGAACAAUACAUUCAUAAGUUGCUACAUGGAAAUACAUUGGAAAGAGAUGCCCCUACCGAAGAGGACAUACAGGAGAAUCUCUAUGACGUUGAAGAGGUUGAGCCAUAUUUUACUCAACAUGGAGCGCGACUGUCGGCCGUAUCAGCAAUUAGCCUAUUAAGCCGUUACUGUUCCAUGCUACCACACGACAAAUUUACCGUAAUUACGCCUAUGUGGAUACAGGAACAAAUUGUAAGAAAUGAAAUCCUUCGCCUCAUUACAGUUAUAAUGCCCAUUUCAUGUCCGAUCAAGGAACCGAUUCAAGGAGCACCCUUACCAAACUUGAAGUCAGCUAAACGUUCCGCCGCACUGAAUGCUUGUAUAAAGUUACAUAAAAUUGGGGAACUAGACGAAUAUACACUACUGCCACGACAAUACGGAAAAACCGAUUUCGAAGAUGACGAAGUAAAAGCUUGUUUCCCGAACUGGCGCGAAGAGAACGAAGAUGUUUCCAAUGAACUUGAAAUACCGAAACCGGGAACUAGGAAGAGAGUACGAAAACACGCUAAAGUGUAUCCAAAGUGUCUUAAUGGACCUAAAACUUGGAAAUUUGGCCAACAAGUUUUCUAUUUACACAUUAUUAAAUUAAAUACAGCGUUCGAAGAGCCAAGUGAUUCCCGAGAACGCGCUCUAUAUAACCUACUACAAAGAAAAGAGGGUUAUGGCUUCUUAACAUUGCAACCAUUGCCGAAAUUGUGUAGUUUUCCAUUGUUUCUGAGUGUAGGCGAAGUUAAGACUAUACUGGAAGUAAACUAUGCGACGAUACAUCUCGAUGUGGCGUUAUUUGAACUGGUUAAACAGUUUCACUUUUUCAUAUUUGAUCAAGUUCUGGAAGUGGCAAAAAAGUUUGUUAUUUUUGAUGGACAAGUUAACAAUCUGUACGUUGUUCCCGUAGUCGAAAAUAAUGGUUAUGAUAUAGACUGGAAUGUUAUGCAAACAUAUAAAGAGAUACCUCCUGUCACCGUCCCCUCUGUAAAGGAAAGAAUGUCCCUGGUUGUUACCAAGGAAACAUACAAAAACUCUGUUGUCACUCCGUGGUACAGAGGAAGUUUUCUACCGGCCAGGUACAUAGUUUCCGAUGUGCUUGAAUACAUGACACCUCAGUCUCGUUUCGAUUGUAAUAGUUUUGAAACGUAUGAAGAUUACUAUCUCGUUAAAUACAACUUAGAAAUAUUUGGAAGCAAAGAACAACCAUUACUCGAGGUGCGUAACAUCAGCUCUCGGAUGAACUGCCUGCUGCCGCGCGCCGCCACCAUCAACCAGUUCACGGACAAGCAGCGCAAGCUGGUGUCGCAGGCGCAGGGCGACGACCGGCCGCGCGCCUUCGCCGAGGUCUUCGUGCCCGAGCUGUGCGUGCGCUACGACUUCCCCGGCGUGCUGUGGUACAAGGCCGUCGCCCUGCCCAGCCUCGUACACAGAGUAACUAUGCUUUUGAUUGCUGAUGAACUUCGAACUGAAAUUGCAGAGUAUAUGAAAACUGGGAAAGCAGUAUUAUUGAAAGGUGAGGAGUGGCUGCCAAUACAAGUGGAUCUACCUGUUGCUAUGAAGUCGUUACUUUCAAAUAUAGAUGAGCCCACCUCUGUUCCUAGUAUUGACAGAAUAAACAAUCCAGUCGAUGAAACUGCACAAAAGCCUGUCAACAUCAUGUCCGUGAAAGAAAGCGUCUAUCAAUUACAAAAGAAGAAAAUCAGCAAAGAAUACCCUUGGGAUGAGAGCAAGGAGCCGAUGGACAUCGAGCGCAACCUGUCGACGGUGACGGUGAUGGACAUCGAGUGCUACGACUCGUUCGUGACGGCGCCGCUGCUGCCGCCGGGCGAGGCGCGCUCGCCGCCGCGCGCGCCCGCCGCGCCCGCCGCGCCCGCCGCGCCCGCCGCCAUCCUGCCGCCGCCGCUCGAAUACAAUGACAAAAUAUCACUUCUAUCGAAGAGGCCGUCUCGUGGACCUGAACUGAGAGACGUUCUAACCGCCCUCACGACUAUCAAUUCACAUGACACUUUCAACUUGGAGCGAGCAGAAACAUUAGGAGAUUCAUUCCUCAAAUUUGCUGCUACCUUGUAUCUAUUUCACAAGUUCCCUGCUUUCGAUGAAGGCCAACUUACUAACAUAAAAGGCAGACUCAUAGGAAAUAGGAAUUUAUAUUACGCGGGCGAACGUGUGAACUUGGGUGGGCGUAUGAAAGUGGAACAAUUAAGUCCUAAAAGUGACUUCAUUGUUCCUGGAUUUUUCGCUCCACCUGAAGUAAUCGACUUUAUUGAGAAGCACCAAAUCCGCCCAACGUUCAUGAUAGGCAUGCAGUUUCCGUGCGCGGAGGCGCUGCAGGGCGAACUGUCGGAAGAGAGCCGCGCCGCGGUGCGCGCGCGCCUCGAGGACUGCGACCGCGCCGCCGAGCGCGCGCCGCCCGGCCGCGCGCAGAACGCCAUGCAGGGCUACCUGGCCGCGCAGGCCGUGCCCGACAAGUCCGUGGCAGAUUGCGUGGAGGCGCUCAUCGGUACUUACCUUAUAAGCGGCGGGAUCACAUCUGCUAUUGACUUCUUAGAAUGGAUUCAGGUGUUGCCCCCAAAGGAUAAUGUCAAACAAUAUUUGAAUAAAAAAGUGAGCACCCCGAUAACAGAAGGUAAAACUACGAAACAAGAAAUUGACUGGCUGUUGAACAAUUGCCAGAGCGACAUAGAGAAAGUUGUCGAUUACAAAUUCAAUGAUCCAGCGUUGUUACUUGAGGCAUUUUCUCACGCAUCUUACAUACGAAAUCGUUACACGAAUUCCUAUGAGCGUUUGGAAUUCCUCGGCGACGCUAUAUUGGAUUUCCUAAUCACGUCACACAUUUACGAGAACUUUGGUAAAUUGACCCCCGGCGACCUCACGGACUUGAGGUCGGCUCUCGUGAACAACGUCACGUUCGCUUCCUACGUCGUGAAGUUGGGGCUCCACAAAUACCUAUGUUCGCAAAUGAACGCAGUCCUUGAAAGCGCAAUAAAGACGUUUGUGGAACAUCAGGAAGAACGCGAACACGAAAUAGUCGAAGACGUCCUAUAUCUCAUCGACGAAGAGGAUUGUAGCAUUGCCCAGUACAUUGACGUCCCUAAAGUACUCAGUGAUAUCUUCGAAGCACUGACCGGGGCGAUAUAUCUGGACAGCGGGGGUGAUUUGAACAAAGUGUGGUCGGUCGUUUAUAAGAUUAUGUACAAAGAGAUCAACCACUUUUCUAUGUGCAUCCCGAAGCAACCCGUCCGAAUGCUAAUGGAGAGAAUUCACGCUUGUCCCAAAUUUGGUGAGGCAAAAUUGACUAAAUCUGCUGUACCUAAGGUAAUGAUGCCAGUAACGUUUUCGAAGGAAGGUCAACAACAUGUGGCGUAUGGUGUAGGCUCAAACAAAUCUCAAGCGAAACGUGCCGCUGCGAAACUAGCUCUUAAGAUUCUCGCUGCCUAAAAUAUUAGAUAAAUAUAAAUUGAAAUUUAAAAAAAGACUAGUGGAAAUUUUGCGGACUUUUAUACUAUAACUAUAAUAAUUUUAGUUCGUUCUAUAAAGUGUCACUUUCUUCAGUAAGAUAUGACGAGUGUUUUUUGACAUUUUUUUUUUAUAUUCAUAAAUAAGAUACUUAAAAUAAAUAAAAAUCGCAUAACAGUUCCAAGAACCCAAUUCUAGUAGUAAUAUAAUAUAUACUUUGGCAUGCGUUUAAUAUA